AUGAAAGUGUCAAGCCAAGCAAGGAGGCUGAUGCUGAUCCACACGGAAGAUGCUUAUGUGAAGUUGAUUGAGGGUGAACCCACUGCAGAGAAAGCGUGGAAGAAGUUGGAAGACACCUUUGAGAAGAGGAGCAAUGCGCGCAUGAUUCAGCUCAGAAGGAAGCUGACGGGAGAGCAGAAGCCGGAGAAGGAGCUAAGGUUGAGGGCUGAAGCGGGGUCCUUGGUGGGGAUUUCGGGUGGAGCUGGAGCGGUGGCGUAUGCCGCCAAGCAUAGGGGCUACUCGAGCUCUGAGAAGGGCCGGGGAAGCUCAAACGAGCUGAAAAGAAGCUCGGGAAUCGAGACCGUGGGAAAGCAUAGAGCAUUCCGUGCAAGGGGUCCGCUCAAGGGGAACCGGGUGUGCGCCACGGCAAAGAGGCCGGUAAGAGCGGAAAGCGUGGUGAACAAGACGGUGAAGGUCGUGGAGGUCGACCUAGACGAGUCGGACGACGAGAAUGGGGGCGCCGAACGAGAGUGGGGAACCGUUGUGGGGGCGGACGAAGCGCCGCGCACAUGUUCAAAUUUUGUCGAAAAAGGGGCGGAAAUUGAGAUGACGCGUGAGGGAGAGGCGCACGCGCCCGCGACAUAUUGCGGCCGCGCCGCGCGCACAGAUUCAAAAAGGAGCCAAUGUGGGCCGAUAGUGGAAGUUUGUGCGCGAAGUUGUGGGGGAGUCCGAGGAGAUCAGAAAGGGCAAAGAGAGCUUAAAGACGGCGGUGGAGAGCAAGCCCGCCGAUGUGGAACAGCCUGCAACGGAGAAGCCUAUAGUGGAGACCCAAGAGUUGAGAAGAUAUGCCGCGAGAGUGCGACGGGAGACCGCCGAAUGGUAUCGGGCAAAUGUGGAAGCAACAACGGAAGCCGUGGAGCCGAAGUGCCGGAGCACGGAGUGGAGAAGACGUCGCCAGAGAAAAGCGACGAUGGCAAAAGUGAGGCGUGUGGGUGA